AUGCCUACACGAUCACCUGCUGCACAUGGUGGACUGGAGCCGCGGUUUUCACUACCACUUACCACUCCGCGCUCCAGCAAAUCAUCCCUUGUAGUGGGUGGCGUUCAGAUCUACCUGUACGGACUCGAGGAUUUGGAUGACUUGCCUAGAGAUGACAUCGCUGUCUUGUAUCUUGCUCACAACCGAACAAGAACGACGGAUGGAAGACGGAAGAGGAUGCCCAUGAUUGCGGUGACAAUGAACAUGAGAAACCAUGGUGAUCGAGAGAUCGAUCAACGAGCGAAUGAGACUUGGUCGAGUGGUAAUAAGAAUCAUGGAAUAGAUUUGAUGUCCAUGAUAUCAGGGUCCGCUCAGGAUUUCAAGCUCAUCCUGGACUAUUUGCCAGCAUAUUUGCCUCGAUUUCGCAACUUUCACAAUAUCAUGUUAGGUGUAUCACUAGGAGGCCAUACAGCCUGGCGCAUGGCCUCAGUAGCACCCGGUCAAUUCGAAGCAUUUGCAAUCGUGGUCGGCUGCCCCAAUCUAACCUCUCUUCUCCUCUCCCGACUCGGCCUCGACGCAGCCUCUCUUGGAGUCGAUCAAGACGAGCUUGAUAAGGUCCCGUAUGAUGAGCUAGAGAAAGUCAUGAGUGAGGAGCAGCGACGAAGAUGGCCACGGGCUCUUGCAGAAUUGGUGAGAGAAGGUGAUAGGAAGGCCAGAGAUGAGUUCCCCAGGACGGUUCCGUUGCUGAUGUGCAAUGGCAAACUCCUCACCGACCUUCUUGGUCUGUUCAGCUUCCCAGGUGAAGAAAACAACAGUCAACAGAAACCAAUCAUCACCGCCCUCAUGGAGAAACUACUCAACAAAGUCUUAUACGGAUCAUCUAGCCCCCAAGGCUCCUCUUCCAAUGGCUCCCAAGUCUUCACCAUCCGUCCACACCCCCAAGACGGCAACCUCCUCUCCAUCCUCCCCUCCAACGCCCCAAAAGAAUCCCCUCCCUUGUACACAAUCUACAAACGCCCCAGCAGCUCAACGCUCCUAAUGCACCGCGGCCACGCAGCCCCCGAAAACAUAAUAGCAUCAGCGACAAUGCAUCUCAGCACAUCACGCAUCGACGUAUCAGUGUUCAACCAACCAAUGGUGAUUAAGAACAGCAGCAUGACGGGCAGUUGGGGUUUUUAUACACACAUGGGGAAAUUCAAGUGGAAGGUUAAUCAGAUGACUGGUACGGGGUUUGAGCUGUAUGAUCAGAGUGGGAGGAAGGUUGCCAAGUAUGGGAGUGCGGGCUGGAAGAGGUUUGGGGAGAAGGAGGUUAGUGUUUAUGUAACGGGGGAUGAGUUCUUUGUGGUCAUGGUGUUGUUUUCGGCGGUGGUGUCGAGCCAGUUGAAGGGGAUUAUUGAUGAGGUUGUUGGGGAGGUUGCGGGUGCUGUGGCGGGUGCAUAG